CCAUUUACCCUUGGCUCCUGGUUCCUGGACCACCUCCGGGCAGCCAGGAGAGGAUGGCUGGCAGCAGCAACGAGAGGGCCAACAGGGAAGUGGAAUCGAGAGCGCUGGGGACAGCUAGAAACAGAGAGUAAGCUCCGGGCAGGGCAGCCGCCACCAUAGCGGAAGAAGGAUGGGGACUCACAGAACCGUCCCAGGAACCUAAUAAAAUGAGCUACACCAAAGACUCGCAAGUGCUUCCAUUGGAGAAAAAUGAAGAGGAGAAGAGAUCAGAGCGAAGUGUUCGGAUCUGUGAUAUGAAGAAAGCUGCAAAAAUGAGAGAGAGAACUGAUGCAAGAAGGCUGAAGACAGAUGAAGGACUCACAGAAAACAUUGGACUUCCCCUGAAACUGCUUGAAAACCAUGAGCCGUGGCCAGCCUAUGUCACAUAUACCUCCUCAGUGGUGAAAAAACUCAUUGAGAAGAGCAAAACUAGAGACCUGGAAUGCAUGCGUGCUCUUGAGGAAAGCCUGCGGGUAGCGAGGCAGAGCAAGCCUCCCGGUGUCAUUCAGCUGAAAAGAAGGAAGUCCUCUGGCGAAGCCAUGAUCAAGGACAAGCUGUCAGAGACCACACUAGCGAAGUGGGGUGCUUACUCUGUAUCUGCCACAGGUCCUACUGUUUUCCCAGAACCCAUUCACUUACAAACAGAUUCCAGAGAAAGUCCCACCACAAACUAUAACAAGAUCAUCUUCUCCCGAAAACCUAUGAGGUUGCUUCCGUACAACUCACUACUAGCCAACAAGGAGAAACAUUCCAAUAUUUAGCAAGAAGGCCCUGCAGCCAUCCCCUAUGAAUGUAUGGCAAUUAAGCUCCAUUUGCCACCAAUUUCACUAUGUCCUGUGAAUGUGAACUUGCUCUCGCUUGUGCAGAGGCUGGCUGAGAGGAACCAGCUCAGACAGUGAGCUGCGGGUGGGUGAGCGUUUCCACUCCAGCAUUGCAGUUUGGUAACAUUGGGCUGCCCCAACUUUCUGCCAAAGAUGCUUAGGACUAACGGUGGGUGUAAUAGUCUAGGUGCAUGCGGGAGACAGCACGUCAGCUAUUUUAUCAGAGAUAAUGUAACGUAACGAAUGAUUAAGCAGGUAACUGAAAAGGACAGAAAGAAUUACAAAGGUAUCCAUGGAGAUAGUAUGUGCAGGAAACACUUUUAACCCCCAAGGCUGGGAGAGCAAAGGGAAGAAUCAAUU